GGGCUGCCCCGUGCGCCCCGCGGCGGUGGCUGGCUGCCCCGAGGCCCGUUCCGCUCCCCCCGGUGGCACACGCCCGGCAGCCAUCCCGAGGAGGGGCUGAUGCGACGGGCACAGCCCCAGACCCAGAAAUAGCCUGAGGCGCGCAGACCCGCAACCAGCCGCUCCGCCGGCAGCUCCGCGCCGCCCCCCAGUACCGAGAGCCGGGGCCGCCGGGGCCGCUCCUCCCCGCAGGGAUGCCGCGGGCGCACGGUAGGCAGCGCGGCAGUGGCCUGCCCGACCCCGUUUCGGGCCCGCAGCUCCGUGCGUUUCGGCCCGGCGGCCGGUAGCGCAGGCCCCGGAGCCCGAGCAUCGAAACUCAUGCAAAUGCUUUGGCUCCUCAUUCCUGCCUGCUGACCACACCAGGGUGGCCAUGACUCAACCAGCUUCCAGGACCGAGGGGCAGAGGUGGUGAAAGACCUGUCUCAGGGUGAGGCCAACACCACCACCGAUGGAGAGUGUGUACUCAGUGGAGCCAGCACCUGAGGGUGCCAGCCCCACCUCGCUGGAUGUGCUCAGCUUCCUGGACACGCUGGUGAACAGCACAGAGGAGCAAUGCUUCAGCGCCCGCUCCCGCAGCACCGUCCUGGAAGGGCUGCCGUUCGGUGGUGUGCCCACUGUGCUCGCCAUCAACUUCAUCCUCUGGCUGCUUCUGCUCCUGAUCUUCUCCUGCCUUCGGAAAGCAGCUUGGGACUACGGGCGCCUGGCGCUGCUGAUGGACAAUGAUAGUCUGACGUCACUUUUCUAUGGAGAGCAGAGUGAGAAGGAGAAGUCCCCAUCGGAGAGCAGCCCCCUGGACACUGACAACAAGGACAUGGGAUUCUGCUCCUGGCUCAUUUCUAUCUACCAGAUGAAGGACGAGGAGAUUCAGAGCAAGUGUGGGAUCGAUGCCACCACCUACCUGUCCUUCCAGCGGCACCUCCUGGUCCUGCUGAUGCUGGUCUGCGUGCUCUCCGUGGCUGUUAUCCUGCCCGUCAACUUCUCAGGGGACCUCCUGGGACACAAUCCCACCCACUUUGGCCGGACAACCAUCGCCAACAUCCCGACACAGGACCGUCUCCUGUGGCUGCACAGCAUUUUCGCCCUCAUCUAUUUCAUCCUCACAAUCCUUUGCAUGGCUCACCACUCCGUCCAUCUUGAAUACAGAGAGAACGAGAAGGUCGCCCGGACUCUGAUGGUUACCCACAUCCCCAAGGAGAUCACAGACCCUUCUCUAAUCAUCAAGCAUUUCCAUGAGGCUUAUCCCAGCUGCACCGUCACCAACGUCCAGUUCUGCUUCGAUGUGCGCAAGCUGAUGAAGUUGGAUGCAGAAAGGCGCAAGGCAAUGAAGGGGCGGCUUUACUUCACCACCAAGGCGCAGAAAGAGGGGAAGAUCAUGAUCAAAACCCACCCCUGCGCCCGCAUCUUCUGCUGCCGCUUCUGUGGCUUUGAGCAGGUGGAUGCUGAGCAGUACUAUGGGGAGCUGGAGGAGAAGCUCACGGACGAGUUCAAUGCUGAGCGCAACCGCAUCACGCUCAAGCGGCUUGACAUGGCCUUCGUCACCUUCCAGGACGAGCGGAUGACAGCUGUGAUUUUGAAGGACUACAGCCACAUUCGCUGCCGCAAGCACCCUCAGCAGUCCUCUGUCACCACCGUGGUCAAGUCACAUCACUGGGGCAUUCGCUAUGCCCCUGCACCCAGCGAUAUCAUCUGGGAGAAUUUAUCAGUCCGUGGCACAUCCUGGUGGGUGCGAUUCAUCCUCCUUAAUAUCUGCCUCUUCGUCCUUCUCUUCUUCCUCACCACACCAGCCAUCAUUGUCAACACUAUGGACAUGUUCAAUGUCACACACCCUGUGGAGAGCCUCAAGAACCCCAUCAUCACCCAGUUCUUCCCCACGCUGCUGCUCUGGGCCUUCUCUGUCUUUCUGCCCUUCCUCGUCUACUACUCAGCGUUCUUCGAGUCACACUGGACAAGGUCAAGUGAAAAUCAGCUCACCAUGCACAAGUGCUUCUUCUUCCUGGUGUUCAUGGUCAUCAUCCUGCCCUCGCUGGGGCUGAGCAGCCUGGACCUUUUUUUCCGCUGGCUCUUCGACACCCACUUUCUGGACCAGGCUGAUGUCAAGUUCCAGUGCGUUUUCCUCCCGGACAACGGCGCUUUCUUCGUCAACUACGUGGUCACCUCCAGCCUGAUCGGGACAGCCAUGGAGCUGCUGCGCAUCCCGGGCCUCCUUGUCUACACCGCCCGCCUCUGCUUCGCCAAGUCCGAGCCCGAGCGGCUCCACAUCAAGCGGAGCCAAGCCUACCAGUUCCAGUUUGGACUGGAGUAUGCCUGGACGUCCUGCAUCUUCUCCGUUGUCAUGACCUACAGCAUUACCUGCCCCAUCAUUGUCCCCUUUGGGUUGCUCUACAUGCUGCUCAAGCACAUGGUUGACCGGUACAACAUUUACUAUGUGUACAUCCCCACCAAACUGAACCAGCGCCUCCAUGUCGCCGCCAUCAGCCAGGUUGUGGUGGCUCCCAUCCUCUGCAUGUUCUGGCUGCUCUUCUUCUCCGUCCUGCGCCUUGGUCCCACCCGCCCUGUCACCCUCUUCACCUUUGUGGUCCUCCUCUCCUGCAUUGUCUUCUCCUUCUUUGGCCUCUGCCUGAAGAAGCUGCAGCCACGGAAACCCUCCAGCUACCAGAUGUCUGACCAGUCUGAGGGCGCCUUCAAUGACGUGGAGCGGAGCAGCGUUUCCUCCACCCCCAACUCCAAUCUCUUUGUGGCCACAGUCCUGCAGGAGCCUGAGCUGAGCCUGACGCCGGCGGCCUCCCCGGCGCACCAGUCUUAUGGCACCAUGGGCAACCACCUGGAGCCGGCAGAGGACGGGGAGGACGGGGCACUGCAGAGCUUCGAAACAGAGCUGGAGACAGUGGAGGGCGAGUACAGGAGCGGCCCCGUGAUGGAGAGCCAGGCCCGCUACCAGUGAGCAUCCCCACUGCCAGGGCGAGGACCAGCCGUACCGAGAGUGAAGGACAAGAGUGGAAGAUGUGCCAGGGGGCAGGAAGGCAGGGGCCUUCCCGGCACUGGUGUGGGCCACCUCACUGACGGGGUGGGGUGACGACAGGGCUGAUGUGAGGGGGAGACCCCGUUGCAGGGGAGGUGGCAGGAGGCUCUGCUGGUCCCUCCCACUGCCUGGACCCGCUUAGCCCCUGCCCUGUGUUCCGCUGUCCCCACCUGCCUCUUCCAGCCCAUUGUGGGGAAGAUGGGGUGCGGUGGUGCGGGGAGAGGUUGUUUCUGAGAGGCCAUGCUUUUGGGAGUAGGAGAGGGACGACCCACACUGUCCUGCGGGUCCCCACUGGCAGGGGACGGCCACCCCUAACCCUUGUUUCCCACCCUGACUACCCAUUGCUCAUGGUGGCCAUCCAGCUGCCAUGCGGGCUCCUGGCCAUUCCUGCUGCUGCCUCUGUGGCUUUGUCCAUUAAAGCAGGGACUGCUGAGACCUGUGUGCUUUCAUGUAGGAGGUGAGUGCCCCGGGCUGCUCCUGCAUUGGCCCUGCCCCGAGGCAGGCAUCAAAACGCAAGUCGAGCUCUCCCCUGGGCCUCCCACCCCAUUCCUUCAGCCCCACAGUGCCAUGCCUGUGCUCUUGGGUCUUUGGGAAGGAAUGGGAGGUCAAGGGACAAGCGUGUUUAAUGGCUGUGAGGGCAGCUCCUCAUCAUCCCACUCACCCCAGCAGCAUCCCUCUCAUGCUCUCUUUGGGGUGGGCCAUGGGACCCUGUCUAGCUCUGUCCUGUUGCAACAGAAAUGGGGGGGAAGGAAGGGGGCUGGAAGGACCCAAGCCUCAGAGUUUCUGGUCCACUGCAUCCUGCCCUUGCCCGCAAGCCACAGCCAUGGGAUCUCCCCCAGCAGCCACACUGCCUCUUGAGGGUCAGUCCUGCUGUGAUCAUUGUAAAUGUGCUGACUUCUGCCCAGGCAGCAUCCUGGAGGGUUUCCAGCUCAUCUACAGCAGCUGGGGCGGCCCCUGGGGACAAGGGCAGAUCCUCACCCGGCUUGGCCCCUCUCCCACCAGGCUAGCCCACCAGGGUAUGCUGUCUCCUCGCUUGGCCCUGCUUUGGCCUUGGGGCUGAUUUUCCUGCUCCCAAUUUCCCUGCUGGCUUCAGAACAAUUCUAGCCACUAUCCCAGGACCUGCAGGGAGGGAGGGAUGAUAACGUGGGUCUGCCAGCACCAGGACUGCUGGCAUGGGGAGUGCUGCUGCGCGAAGGCAGAGGCUCAGCUAUGGCACUGCUUAGCAUUACUGGUGCUGCUGAGGGGGCACAAUGUGUCAGUCUGGGGGGGUUAAAGGCAGGCCAGCAGGAAGCUGUGGGUCUCCAUUGUACUCAACAGGGCCCGGUGGCAUCCCCGUGGGGCUGGUGGGUCUCACCUUGGCCAACUGGCAGUCCCGUGCCCCAUCCCACGCUCCUGCAUGCCAGCACAGUGGCUGUGGCACAGUAGCCACCCAGGGGUUGCCUCAGAGGAGCCUUGAUCUCAGCCCCUCCCUCCCAACCCCAAAGAGCACCCUGGGGUCUCAUGGCUCCCUGCCUAGGUGCCCCUGGAGGGGGCUGCCUGCAACUGAGGCGCUGCCCUCACUGCCGGCUCUGGGAGAUGCGGGGUGCUGGUGGCUUCUCUCGGGGUGGGAGCAAGUGCCUGUGAGUGGCACUGCACCAUCGGGAGCUCGGGCUGCUGGUCUGACUGCCCUUGGCUGCCCCGCUGUAGGAAUGUGCCAGAGGUCUGUACCUUCUUGUGAUUUAUUGCUAUGACCGUGCCUUGAAUAAAAUGACUUCACCCAGUG